UUGCGUGGCUUGAUUUUUGGUGCUGAGGGGGAGAAGAGGAAGUUUUCUGCCAGAGCUGUAAACCCGGCCGAUGUUCUGUGCUGUACAUUUAGAUAAAGGCAAUGCUUGGUGGGCAUGAGGUGCGCGAGCAGCAGUCGUCGGAGGUUGCCAAGCAGCAUUAGAAGUGUUUUGCACAGUAGCUGUCAGUGAUGUCCAGAUCUUAGACACAGACUGAAACUUCCCCCAUCAUGGACUCAAAGAAGCCCAGCAUGAUGCACCACCUCCGCCAGAAGAUGCUGCCACACUUCAGGCGAGGCAAGACGAGCCCAAGCAAGCCAGCCAUCCAGCUGGAUUGCACCAUGGACCAUCGGUUGAGCUCCUCUGUCCCAGACAUGAGAAAAAUGAGGCAGGACUACACUCGUGUCUCCCCCAACUCGCAGUUCCAGCAGUACAACGCUCCCACCUACAGCAACCCUUCCACACCACUUACCAGCUCUGGCACACACCUGGAAGGAGGAGCUGGGAGUGGCCUCAGAGCAGGUGGAGGAAUUAGUAAGAGUGAACUCAGGCUGAGUGUGCCUACAGACUGCAUGGACUGGGCUUCCUCUCAGGAGUCGUUCAGUAGUAUCAGUGGAGAAGAUAAGAGCCCCUCAGAGACUCAUUAUAGACCUGUUCAAGGUAUGGAGCCUGAAGAACUGGCACUGCCGGAGAUGAUGACGGUCUACAGCCCCGAGGUCAUCCCUGUGGAGGGUUCCCUGGACAGCUCAGAGUACGAGAUGGGGAAUGAGGCUGUGAGUGUGCCGGAGAACAUCCAAGAUCCUCCCAGGUCCUUCCUGCUCACCAUCCACCUGAAGGAAGGACGCAACCUGGUCAUCAGGGACCGCUGUGGUACCAGUGAUCCUUAUGUGAAAUUCAAGCUGGAUGGAAAAUCAUUAUACAAAAGUAAAGUGGUUUAUAAAAACCUCAACCCUGUAUGGAACGAGUCCUUCACUUUGCCUGUGAAGGAUCUGAAUCAGAAACUUUACAUCAAGGUAUACGACCGUGACCUGACCUCUGAUGACUUCAUGGGCUCUGCCUAUGUCCUCCUGAGUGAUCUGGAAAUGGACAAGGUCAAUGAGCUAUCUCUGCCACUGGAUGACCCAAACAGCCUGGAGGAGGACAUGGGCACCGUGCAGGUGGACAUAAGUCUCUCACUCAGGAAUGGGGACAGCAAGAAAAGCAAUCAGAAGUGGGCCCGAAAACGAAGUAGUAGGUCUGGAGGGACACCUCAGAGUUCUCGUUUAGCAGAUACACUGAAGAAAAGUCAGCUGUGGACGUCUGUGAUGUCGGUGACACUGGUUGAAGGACAGGACCUGCCAGUAGACACUCACACAGGCCAGCUCUAUGUUCGCUUCAAACUCGGAGAGCAGCAGUAUAAAAGCAAGAAUCAGUGCAAAGCGCCUAAUCCUCAGUGGAGAGAAAGAUUCACCCUUAAGCAGUUCUUGGAGAGUCCACAAGUCCUGGAAGUGGAGCUCUGGUCCAAAGAGGGACGAAGAAGCGAAGAGUGCUUGGGGACAUGUGAAGUGGACCUGUCCGGUGUUCGUUACAAUGAGAGGAUGGUGUUCACACACUCACUGCACCACGGCAGAGGACGCUUGGUCUUUCUGAUCACACUGAAGACAUGCAGCGGCGUUUCCAUCUCCGACCUCUGCGCAGCACCACUGGAUGAACCUAAACAACGACAAAUCGAGCUGAGCAACUACAGUCUGAAAAGGUCCGUGAAGAGCCUCAGUGAUGUUGGUUUCCUUCAAGUCAAAGUUCUCAAAGCUGCAGAUCUGCUGGCUGCUGAUUUAAAUGGUAAGAGUGACCCUUUCUGUGUGUUGGAACUGGGGAAUGACCGGCUGCAGACCCACACUGUCUAUAAGAACCUCUACCCAGAGUGGAAUAAAGUCCUCACAUUCCCUGUCAGAGAUAUUCAUGAUGUUCUGGUUGUGACGCUCUUUGAUGAGGACGGAGACAAGGCGCCAGACUUUCUAGGAAAAGUUGCCAUUCCCCUGCUCUCGAUCCGCAGGGGACAACAGAUCACCUACCAACUAAAGAAGGAGGACUUAGGUGGGCUGUCGAAGGGGAACAUCACUCUGGAGCUGGAGGUUAUUUUUAACCCUGUCAGAGCAAGCAUAAGAACCUUCCAGCCCAGGGAGAGGAUUUUUAUGGAGGAUAACCCUAAAUUCUCCAAAAAGGCUCUGGCCAGGAACGUGCUCCGUGUUCAGACACUUUACAGGGCUAUCAUGUCGACUGUGCAGUACAUCAAAAGCUGCUUCCAGUGGGAGAGCGUUCAGAGGAGCCUGCUAGCCUUCCUGGGUUUUGUUGUGACAGUGUGGUACUGGGAGUUUUACAUGUUGCCCUUCUUCCUGGUCGUGCUCACCUCAUGGAAAUACUUCCAGAUCUGCUUUGGACGUGUCAGUCAGGAUGUGGUAAGCAUGGAUUUGGCAGAUGAGGAAGAGGAUGAUGAGAAGGAGUCUGAGAGGAAAGGGCUUCUAGAGAAAAUCCACAUGGUCCAAGACACGAUCAUCACUCUUCAAAACCUGCUGGACGAGAUUGCCAGCUUCGGGGAGAGGAUUAAAAACACGUUUAACUGGUCGGUGCCGUUCCUGUCUGGUCUGGCCCUGCUGCUCUUUGUCACCGCCGCAGUCCUCACAUACUACAUCCCUGUCCGCUACAUAGUCUUAUUAUGGGGUAUCAAUAAAUUCACCAAGAAAUUACGGAACCCGUACAGCAUCGACAACAAUGAAGUGCUAGAUUUCCUGUCGAGGGUGCCUUCAGAUGUGCAGAAGGUUCAAUACAGUGAGCUGAAAGGCAGCAAGAAAAAGAAAGUCUUAUAGAAAAUGCAGCCAAGAGAUGCUUUGUGUAUGGGACAUGAUACUGCCAUUCAUGGUCAUCCUACACCCCCCCCC